AGUUUGUGCGGAAGCCCUUACCCGUAGUUUUGCGCUGGCUUACAAACAAGACGGAAAAGCGAUCUUAUACAGUUCUCUUAUGGUCCUGGCCGAUCUCUCAGUCUUCUCUCUGACCAAAUCAAAAACGCUUCGCCAGCCCUUUUUUUUAACGGAGCGCUAGAUAUGGCCAGCAAAGUAUGGCAUACAGAAUUGUGGAAGACAUGGGAUAAGCAUGGAAGAAACGAUUUCCUCAAGCUAUUCAAGCACAAAUUUAAGGAAGGCAACACGUCAGAAUGGCGACGAGGGUUAUACGAAUUAAUAUCAAAUGGGGUCCAUGGGAACAUAAAGAAGGACAGUGUGGUUCAGACAUUAGGUGAACUCACGAACUUGGGUGGUGCAAUACCAUCAACAAUAGUAGACAUAUUUACUUUAAUUGAUGUAGAAGCGCAAAAUGAAGAAAGAAACAACUUUUAUCACAUUGUGAAAGAAUCUGAAAAGUUUUUAACUGAUAGGAUAUUGAAAGAACGGUUAGAGAUUGAAACUUUGCAAGAUGUGGGAACUUUGAAAAACAAAAAUUUCCAAACAAAGUUUAUAAAAGUAAAGACAAAAUUAUAUUACAAGCAGAGAAAAUUUAAUUUAUUUCGCGAAGAGAGCGAAGGUUAUUCCAAACUUAUUGUAGAAUUAAAUCAGGAAAGACCGGAUACUGAGGUCGCUUCGACAUUGGAAAUUGUUAAAUCUCUCAUUGGUUAUUUCAACCUUGACCCUAAUAGAGUACUCGAUAUUUUAUUAGAGACCUUUGAAAAUCGACCUCAAGACGAUGCUCUAUUUAUUCCCUUAAUACGUUCAUACAUGAGCGAUCAACAGGUACUCUGCGAGGUGUUGGGAUUCAAGUACUGCUCCACCAUCAACGCCACUCCGUUUUCACUUCAAAAAGUUACCGCACUCAUGCUGCAGCAUGGUGUGAUUAAAUUGGACGAUAUAUUACCUUGGCUUGUACCAGAUGAUAAAACAAUCAUAUCAGAUCACGAACAAGCAAUGAAGCUAGCCAAGGAAUAUGUGCGAAAAUUAAGUGUGAUCUCAACGAAGGACAAGGAAGACGUUGCCGAAGAAAAGGACAAUGCACAAGACAAAUAUUCGAGCAAUCAAAAAUUUGGAUUAUGCGAAGCUCUUUUGGAAAUCGGAGCUUGGGAGGUGGCGCAAAAUUUAUUUAAUCGUUUGCCAGACUACUGUCUUACGGAUCAGCGUCCCAUAGCUUUAGCAUUGUGUAAAAUGAUUCAAUCUCUUAUUGAGCCAGCGUACAGGAAAUAUUGCAUCGUUUCGCCAAAAUUGCCGGGUCGUAAAGUGCCUCCUUUGAAAAGCUUUCUCGCGCCACCAUCGAUAUACGAAUUGAACGACAUUCAUGAUCGUUUGUUGCCAAUGUUGAUAGUGCUCGGACCAAACUUGCAUCAUGAUCCUAUUCUAAUGUACAAAGUGAUGAGGCUGUGCUACGCUGCCAUCAAGCAUUGCCCGGUCGAUGCCAGCAAGCAACUAAUCAACAAGGAGGAUUCCAACCUGUACUACGAUGUGUUGACGAUUCUCGAUGUUGCAUUGUUGCCCUCGCUCUCCUUUAUGGAUUGCAAUUGCUGCGUCGCCGAGGAACUGUGGAACAUUCUCAAGUACUAUCCCUAUCAGAACCGUUACUGUUUGUACGCGCGAUGGAAAAACGACACGCCAUUACAGCACGCCGCUCUGUUGCGAAAACGUGCGGAUGCUCAGAAGAAGAUCAAGUCGAUUAUGAAACGCGUAAGCAAGGAGACGAUCAAACCGGUUGGCCGAUCGAUAGGCAAACUAACUCAUUCCUCGCCCGGUGUUUUGUUCGAUUAUGUUCUAAUACAGAUCCAGUUGUACGACAACCUAAUAGGACCUGUAGUGGAUUCCUUGAAGUACUUGACAAAUAUUUCGUAUGACGUGUUAGGAUAUUGUCUUGUAGAAGCGUUGGCGGGUGCUGACAGGGAUAGAUUUAAACACGAUGGCACCAGCAUAUCUUUGUGGUUGCAGUCUUUGGCUUCGUUUUGUGGAGCAAUAUUUAAAAAGUAUAACAUCGAAUUAACAGGGUUGUUGCAGUAUGUAGCAAAUCAACUCAAAGCUCAAAAGAGCCUAGAUCUAUUGAUAUUGAAAGAGAUAGUACAAAAAAUGGCUGGUAUCGAAGCAGCCGAGGAAAUGACGUGCGAUCAAUUGGACGCAAUGGCGGGAGGCGAUCUGUUAAAAAAUGAGGCCGGUUACUUCAGUCAAGUACGCAACACGAAAAAGUCUUCUCAACGUUUGAAGGAAGCUCUCGCUGAACAUGAUCUCGCGGUUGCUCUGUGUUUAUUAAUGGCACAACAGAAACAUUGCGUCGUUUACAGAGAAACAGAUAAAUCUCAUCUAAAACUCGUUGGCAAGUUGUACGAUCAGUGUCAGGAUACGCUUGUGCAAUUUGGAACAUUCUUGGGCUCGACUAUGACGGUGGAUGAGUACGUGGAGCGAUUGCCAUCGAUUCAUUCUAUGCUUCAGGACAAUCACAUACACGCGGACGUCGCAUUUUUCCUAGCAAGGCCAAUGUUUGCACACGCUAUAAAUAUAAAAUACGAUGCCCUUCGUAAAGCUGAUCCAAAUUACAAAAAGAUGUCUACAGCCAUGAAGCAAUUAAAGUACGCGGAAGCUGCGCAAACUGUUAUGGCACCUGUCGCUCAAUCCGUUAGACCUUUACAUCCUCUGAAAGUAUGGGAAGAUAUUUCGCCGCAAUUUUUAGUCACAUUUUGGUCUCUGUCGAUGUACGAUUUGUACGUGCCGGUUGAAAGCUAUCAAAGAGAAAUUAGCAAAAUAAAACAGCUCGCCGCGCAAAGUGCUGAUUCCAAAGACAUGACUGUAAGUAAAGGCAAAAAGGAACAAGAAAGGUACACCACUCUCAUUGAGAAGUUGCAAGACGAGAAGAAAAAGCAAGAGGAACACGUCGAGAAGGUCUUUGCGUACUUGAGGCAAGAGAAAGAUACAUGGUUUUUAUCGCGAAGCGCCAAAUCUGCGAAGAACGAGACGAUAACGCAAUUUUUGCAGUUGUGCCUAUUCCCGCGAUGUACAUUCACAACUGUAGACGCGAUGUAUUGCGCGAAAUUUGUACAUACCAUUCACUCACUAAAGACUGCAAAUUUUUCAACUCUGCUUUGCUACGAUCGUCUUUUCUGUGAUAUUACAUAUUCAGUCACCUCGUGUACAGAGAACGAAGCAAAUCGAUAUGGCAGGUUUUUGUGCGCCAUGCUGGAAACUGUGAUGAGAUGGCAUUCCGAAAAAGCCAUAUUCGAUAAGGAAUGCAGCAAUUAUCCAGGAUUUGUGACCAAGUUUCGUGUUAGCAAUCAAUUUUCCGAGGCAAACGAUAUGGUUGGAUUUGAAAAUUACAGACACGUGUGUCACAAGUGGCAUUACAAGAUCACGAAGGCCAUUGUAGUGUGUCUAGAUUCUAAAGAUUACGUUCAAAUAAGAAAUUCUUUGAUAAUAUUGAUCAAGAUAUUGCCACAUUUUCCUGUUCUGGCGAAACUUUCUCAAAUUCUCGAACGGAAAGUGGAAAAAGUGAGAGAAGAGGAGCGCGGUCAGCGUCAGGAUUUGCAUGUUUUAGCUACGUCGUAUAGCGGACAACUAAAAGCCAAAACGCCCAGUAUGAUACGAGAAUCAGAUUUUCAUCACGUUGGCGACAAGGCUGGAAAGGUGCAAGAUACUACGAAUAGCGAUACGAAUGAAAAAGUUAGCAAUGGAGUGGCGGCGAAAGAAGUUAACAACGGGGACACGCGGCCAGAAAAAGAGAACAAGGAACAGCGAGAAAAACGAAGUUCAUCCAAUCAAACUCAUCAAGAAAACUCCGAGAAAUUAAGAAAGAAAGACGAUAAUAAGGAUGUUAUAGACGCGAAAGAGAAAUAUAUGAAGAAAGACGAGGUGAAAGAUGAUGACGAUAAAAAGGAUCGCAAGUACUAUAAGGAAGAGCACUAUUAUAGCAGUAGCGGAGACAAUUUAGAUCGAGAUCUUUCCAGUGUUUCAAAUAGUAGCGCUGGUUCAGGACCAACGCAAGAAGGUCCCGAAAGAGUUUCAGAUGCAAAAAGGAGAAAAGUAGAAAACACUCCGAAACAGGAAGGAAGACGCGCGGAAGCUGUUCUUGAUAAAAAAGAACGUUCCAGCAAAGGGAAAACACGCGACGAGCAAAAGGAGUUGCGUAGGGAAAAGAAACAGGGACGAAAACGGGAUCGUGCAGACGAAUCAAUAGCAGCCACUGAACAAAAACGGAGAAAAGAUGAUGAGAGAGCUAAAAGCACUCAUCAGAACGGCGACAUUCCUGAACAUAGAGAAAAGCAUCAUUACAGUAAGGAAAAAUCUCCAUAUACGAAGGAUCGUCCUCACGAACGCGAGGGACGGGAAAGCCGUGAUAAACAAUCUAAUGCGCGAAGAAAAUUGUUCGAUAUGAUCCUUAACUGAUGUGCACCAGAAGGAGUUCAGAUCCGAAACGAAGAUGAUGUACAACGGAAAGGAGUUUGACUUAAUAUUUUCUAUGCUCUAUGUUUGAUGUUUGAUGUAAUGAUCGUAGAAUUCAAAAUAAAGCGACAAAAAAUAGUGCACAAUUUGUAUAUUAUGUUUUAACGUCCGGUUUUAUAUAUAAAAUAAAUGAUCAAAAAUA